AUGAAUUCAUUGACAACUACCGCCGCUCCCAAGCUGAGAGUGCUACUUCACUCGGAAAGGCUCAAACAUGCUUAUCGAUCUAUCCACCAACUGCGAGAUCUGCCUCGACCAUCGACUGACGAGUUAAUCAAAAAACCACGGCUCAAACCAUGCAAUUGGCCAAAAGCGGAAUCAUCGGCAAUGGGAGCCGCAAACUACGCAUCGGCACAUCAGCUAUCCGAGUGGACAUCACCCCCUACAACAAUUUUACUAGUGCAGAAACGGGAGGAUGCUAGGACGACCGCAGCUAUGGGCAAAAUACUCUCAUACUUUCAAGCCAACUUUCCGAAUUUGAAACUCAUUGUUGAGCCUCACACCGCGGUCGAUCAUCCUUCUUUCGAAAAUCUCAUUGUGGCUUCUCCAGGCGAUGAAAACCUCUUACCAUUACAUACUUCUCUAGUAUUGACAUUAGGAGGUGACGGGACGAUCUUGCAUGUUUCGAAUUUAUUCUCUCAAGGCGAAUGUCCUCCUGUCCUGAGUUUUUCGAUGGGGUCUCUUGGCUUCCUUCUUCCCUUCCAUAUCGCUUCUCUCGCUUCAACUAUACGAGACACCUUGCAUGGACCGGUUUCCAUAUUGAACAGAAUGAGAUUGGCUUGUACGCCCUUGUCCACAAAUAGGAAACCGUUGGAUCGAUGUACAAAACCAGUUGGAGAGGCGGGCUGGCAAGUAAUGAAUGAAGUCACGUUGCAUCGAGGAAGACACGCACAUCUGACAGUGGUGGAUGCUUACUUUGAUGGACAGCAUCUUACCGAGGCUGUGGCGGACGGCAUAUUACUUUCCACGCCAACAGGAUCUACUGCAUAUUCACUUUCUGCCGGUGGACCAAUCUCCCACCCUGAAACAGAUGCUUUCUUACUCACUCCAAUCGCGCCUAGAUCACUAAGUUUCAGGACUGUCAUACUACCAGGGAGAGGCUCUGUUCAGCUCGAAAUAUCUCCUCUGGCAAGAUCAGCAGCAGAAUUAUCAAUAGAUGGGAAGGAAGUGUGUCUAUUGAAUCCCAAAGAGUCUGUACAUAUCGCGAAAUCACCAUAUCCUAUUCCGUGUAUAGAGAGAGCAGGAGAAGAAAGCGGUUGGGUAAGGGAUAUAAAUUCUCUGUUACAAUUCAAUGUAGGUUUCCGGAAUAAGAGUUUAUCGGGUCAUGGCACGGUUUAA